AUGGAUGUGGUCCAGCUACGUGGUCGCGUCGUUGCGACACUCAGCGCCGACACCGACACUCGUCGUCGCGCUGAGCUGGAUCUAAAGACGGCCGAAGAACAUCCAGGCUUCACAGAUGCCCUUCUAGAUAUUCUGCAAGCAGAAACUGAUCCCGCCGUUCGUCUUUCGACCGUUGUGUAUCUAAAGAAUCGAGUUACGAGAGGAUGGUCUGUCAGCGAGGACUUCCCACAAAACAAACCUAUAUUGGAAGACGAGAAGCAGAGGUUUCGAGAUCGCCUGCUGCCAGUGUUGUCAGCUUCCCCGCCGCAGAUUCGACAACAGUUAGUCCCAGUCCUACAAAAGAUUUUACAUUACGAUUUCCCACAGAAGUGGCCGGCGUUCAUAGAUAUUACACUUCAGCUGCUCAACACCAACGAUGCCGCCUCUAUAUUCGCCGGUCUGCAGUGUCUUCUGGCUCUGUGUCGAGUAUUUCGCUUCAAAUCUGGGGAACAUCGCGCCGAUUUCGAUAAGAUAGUCGAUGCGACUUUCCCUAGACUCUUGGUUAUUGGACAAGGAUUGGUCAAUGAGACGAGCGAAGAGGCUGGCGAAAUGCUUCACAUCGUUUUGAAGGCAUACAAGCAUGCGACCUUUUUCGAGCUUGCAACUUCUUUAAGGGAACAGCAGGUUGUUAUUGGAUGGUGUACCCUGUUUCUUCAGACAGUGGCGAAAGAAGUACCAUCAACCGCAUUGCCUGAAGAUGUGACAGAGCGUGAAGCAAAUCAUUGGUGGAAGGCUAAGAAAUGGGCAUAUUUCAACUUGAACCGGCUCUUCGUUAGAUAUGGAAAUCCUUCAUCACUGCAGAAAGGCAACGGAGAAGAUUACACAGAGUUUGCGAAGAUGUUCACGGCCAAUUUUGCGCCUGAAAUUCUGAAAGGUUAUCUCCAGCAGAUCGAAAAAUGGGUCGCGAAAACUACGUGGCUAAGUCGUCCAUGUCUCUCAUAUACACUGGUUUUCCUUGACGAGUGUGUACGACCAAAGCAGAUGUGGGCCCACCUCAAACCGCACCUUGACACACUCGUCACCCAUUUCCUCUUCCCAGUUAUGUGUCUAUCAGAAGAAGAUGUGGAAAAGUUCGACACGGACCCCGAAGAAUACCUUCAUCACAAACUAAAUUACUACGAGGAAGUUUCAGCUCCAGAUGUCGCGGCAACCAAUUUUUUGGUAACGCUCACAAAGGUGCGAAGAAAGAACACAUUUGCUAUCCUUGCAUUCAUAAACACUAUCGUGAACGAAUAUGAGGUUGCCGAAGAAUCGAUGAAGAACCAUAUUGCAAAGGAGGGAGCCUUGAGGAUGAUUGGCACUCUCUCGAGUGUUAUCCUUGGGAAGAAGAGUCCAAUUGCCGAGCAAGUAGAGCAUUUCCUGUCACGAUACGUUUUCCCAGAUUUCCACAGCCCACAAGGUUUUCUUCGAGCCCGGGCUUGUGACACGGUUGAAAAGUUCGAGCAAUUGGACUUCAAGAACCCUGAUAACCUCCUGCAUAUCUACCGCAACAUCCUGGAGUGUAUGGCAGAUCCUGAGUUGCCCGUUCGAGUGGAGGCUGCUCUCGCACUUCAGCCUUUGAUCCGACACGAUGUUAUCCGAACGAAUAUGCAACAAAACAUUCCACAGAUUAUGCAGCAACUACUAAAGCUUGCAAAUGAGGUUGACGUUGAUGCUUUGUCUAAUGUAAUGGAAGAUUUUGUGGAGGUAUUUGCUGCUGAAUUGACCCCGUUCGCCGUAGCAUUGAGUGAGCAGCUGAGAGAUACUUACUUGAGGAUUGUACGGGAGUUGUUGGAAAAGAAUGACAAGCGAGAUGACGAAGAUAGCUACGGGGACUACCUUGACGAUAAAAGCAUUACAGCACUUGGUGUUUUGCAGACAAUUGGCACGCUUAUCCUCACCUUGGAAAGCACACCAGAUGUCUUGCUCCACAUGGAAUCAAUUCUGAUGCCUGUUAUCAAAGUUACUUUGGAGAAUAAGCUAUAUGAUUUGUACAAUGAGGUUUUCGAAAUUAUUGACAGCUGCACCUUCGCCGCCAAGUCAAUUUCUCCAACUAUGUGGCAAGCUUUUGAGCUUAUUCAUGCGACCUUCAAAGCCGGGGCAGAGCUGUAUCUUGAAGACAUGCUUCCAGCGCUUGAUAACUUCGUUCAAUAUGGCCGCCAGCAUCUUAUUGACACGCCGGCUUACUUAGCUGCUAUGUUCAGCAUGGUCCAAGACAUGUUUACUGAUGAGAAAGUUGGCGGAGUGGAUAGAAUCUGUGCAUGCAAGCUUGCAGAAGGCAUCAUGCUCAGCUUAAAAGGACAUGCCGAUCAACAGGUGGUCGAAUUCAUCGGGAUGGCAAUGCGUAUAUUGACCAGUUCUGAAGUCCAAGUCAAAUCGUACAAGAUACACCUUAUGGAGAUGGUCAUCAAUGCCAUCUACUACAACCCCGUGCUUGCACUUCACGUCCUCGAGUCCAAUCAGUGGACCAACAAGUUUUUCAGCUUAUGGUUCUCAAACAUCGACAGUUUCGCUAGAGUUCACGACAAGAAGCUUUCCAUUGCGGCCAUUGUUUCUCUUCUUACCCUUAAUGCCGAUCAAGUUCCGGUUAGCGUUCAGACAGGGUGGCCAAGAUUAUUACAAGGCAUCGUCAGACUCUUCCAAACACUCCCAGCUGCGCAGAAAAAACGCGAUGAUGUUCUCAAGGAUGACUUCCCUCUCGAUCAGUCUGCUUACGACGAUUACGAGGAUGAGGAAGAAGAGCCAUGGGCUGGCGACGAUAACCAGUGGGGCGAAGAAAAUGAACAAGAAGAAACCGAAGAAGUCAAGGAUGAGAGCACUGCUUAUCUCGAGUUCUUGAACGAAGAAGCACAAAAGUUCAAAAAUCUUGAAGAUGACGAUUCAGAUGAAGAGCUUGGCGAGGAGAGUCUUCUUGAGACUCCACUCGAUAAAGUAGAGCCGUACAUGAUGUUCCGCGAUGCCCUUCUCAAACUACAACAAGAACAGCCUCAGUUGUAUGGCUCGCUUACUGGCAAUCUCAGCCCAGACGAACAAACCAUCGUUCACGGAGUCGUACAGCAGGCCGAAUCGCUGGCUGCUCAAGCAGCAGCCGCCCAAGCCAACGUUCCUGGUCUAGUGGUCAACGGAGCAACAUGA